AUGCAGGGACUGGAAGACAGUAGUAAUGAAGGCAUCUUUAGGCGUGAAGGUGACUUUUCUCAGUCUGUAGAAUGGUUCAAGUGGAUUCUGUUCACAUUUAAGGUUCCUCGCAAGGGCCAGCGGUGCUGCUGCCGGGGGAGGGGGCCCCCCAGAUCCGCCCUCGCCACUGGGGGUCCGCUCCGCCCAGUCUCCCCUCCCACCAGCCCAGCCAGUCCAGCCCGCCUCGCUGUCCGCCUCCCCGCAGACUUGCAGGGAGCCGCGAGCGCGGAGUUUGCAGCCACGCAGGUGCCCGACUCCGACUCUGGCAGCGCCACCUCGGUCUCCUGCUGGGGGGACCGGCCCCCGGACCCAGAUUCAAGGUGGGGACCCUCCUCUUCUCCCAGGCCACCCCCUCAUCUUCUUCUCAGCGAUCGGGGCUCUGGGGCUGCUCAGUGGGGCGCAGGACAGAGCCCCUUUAGUGGGUCAGGGCGGGGAAAGCGCAGAGGCGGCACCGGAGCUGUUAGUCGCAGUUGGGGUGACUCUAGGUUUCUCCCCCCACUUUCGCGAUCGGAGCUCCAGAGAUUCCCGGCUCGGUCCGGACUGGGGUGGCACCUGCCCGGAGCCCUCCAAACGCCCGCCAACUUCUUUUUCCAGGUCUCCUUCCCACUUUGCAAAUUGCAGGAGAGAACCGAAUUUAUCUACGUGAUAACUGCAUCUAGAGUGAUAUAUCCAAUACCUCCCUGGAGAUUUAAAUUGCUGUGCAUGCCAUCAAAUACAAGCUUUAAUUUCCUCUUACCUGCUGCAAUUUCGAAGAACAGUUCAGACUUGAAUGGACAUUAUGAGAAUAUUGUUGAAACUAAGAUUAAUUCAAGUGGUACCUACUUUUCUAACAAGUCAUCUGAAAUAAUGUUCCAUUGUUGCUUUGGAAAUGAGGAAGAUGAAAACUGCUCAGUUCAUGCGGACAACAAUGAAGGGAAGACAUUUGUUUCAACAACAGAUCCUCGAGUUUUUCAACAAAUAGGUGCAAACUGGAACGUACAGUGCUGGAUGCAAGAGGACUUGAAAUUAUUCAUUUGUUCUGUGGCGUCAUCAGUUAAGAAUCCUUUCAAGAACCAUGACCUUGAGGUCCAUCUUUUAUAUGUUCUGCUGGAAGUUCUAGGUGAUGUACCUCUGGACUCUCAGAAAGGCAUUUUUCAGAGAGUUCAGUGCCUAGGCAGUACUCAGGAAGGUUGUGAAUGCCACAUGCCAGUGCCAGCAGCCAAGCGCAACAACACUCUUCUUAUGUAUUUGAAAAUCAAGUCUGCUGGAGUGACUUUUCAGUCACCACUAAUGUCAGUUCAACCCCUAACUGUUGUGAAGCCUGAUCCUCCGGUGGGUUUGCAUAUGGAAUUAGCAGACAUUGGCAAUUUAAAAAUUUCUUGGACCAGUUCAACACUGGCACCAUUUCAACUUCAAUAUCAAGUGAAAUAUUCAGAGAAUUCCACAGUGAGUCUGAGAAAAGUAGGUGAGAUCGUCUCAGUUCCUUCUCUGCUGGUGGGCAAUGUGUUCCCCGGGUCUUCAUACAAGGUGCAGGUGAGGAGCAAGAGACUGGAUGGCCCUGGAUUGUGGAGUGAGUGGAGCACCUCGCUUUCCUUUACUACACCAGAUGUCAUAUACUUUCCACCUAAAAUUCUGACAAGUGUCGGGUCUAGUGUUUCUUUUCACUGUAUGUAUAAAAAUGAGGACAAGAUGGUUUCUUCCAACAAAAUUGUUUGGUGGCUGAAUUUAGCUGAGAAAAUUCCUCCAAGCCAAUAUAGUGUUGUGGGUGAUCGCAUUAGCAAAGUUACUCUUCCCAAUCUGAAUGCAACCAAACCUCGAGGGAAGUUUACCUACGAUGCCGUGUACUGUUGUAAUGAACAUGCAUGCCAUCAUCGCUAUGCUGAAUUAUAUGUGAUUGAUGUCAAUAUCAAUAUAUCAUGUGAAACUGAUGGGUACUUAACUAAAAUGACUUGCAGAUGGUCAGCCAAUGCAAUGCACUCGCUUGUGGGAAGUACUUUGCAAUUGAGGUAUCACAGGAGAAGCCUUUACUGUUCUGAUGUUCCAUCUAUUCAUCCCAAAUCUGAGCCCAAAGACUGCCUGUUGCAGAGAGAUGGGUCUUAUGAAUGUGUAUUUCAGCCAAUCUUUCUAUUAUCCGGUUAUACCAUGUGGAUUAGGAUCAAUCAUUCCUUAGGCUCACUUGAUUCUCCACCGACAUGUAUUAUCCCUGAUUCUGUGGUGAAACCACUGCCGCCAUCCAGAGUGAAAGCAGAAAUCACUGUAAACACUGGACUAUUGAAAAUAUCUUGGGAAAAGCCAGUUUUUCCAGAGAAUAAUCUUCAGUUCCAGAUUCGCUAUGGAUUAAGUGGAAAAGAAGUUCAAUGGAAGAUGCAUGAUAUAUAUGAAGCAAAAGCAAAAUCUGUCAGCCUUCCGGUGGCUGACCUGUGUGCAGUCUAUGCUGUGCAGAUGCGCUGUAAGAGACUGGAUGGACUCGGAUAUUGGAGCACCUGGAGUGCUCCAACCUACACAGUUGUCAUGGAUAUCAAAGUUCCUACCAAAGGUCCAGAAUUUUGGAGAAUGAUUGAUGGAACUGCUACUAAUGAAGAGAAAAAUGUCACUUUACUUUGGAAGCCUCUAAAGCAGAAUGAAUCAUUGUGCAGCGUGAGCAGAUAUGUAGUAAAGCAUCAUACUUCCUACAACAGAACAUGGUUGGAAGAUGUGGGAAAUGACACUAAAUUCACUUUUCUGUGGACAGAGCAGGCACACAUGAUCACAGUGCUAGCUGUCAAUUCUAUUGGUACUUCCCUGGAAAAUUCUAAUGUGACCUUCUCAUGGCCUAUGAGCAAAGUAAACAUUGUGCAGUCUUUCAGUGCUUAUCCACUAAAUAGCAGUUGUGUGAUUCUUUCCUGGAUGGUCUCACCCAGUGAUUACAAUCUCAUGUAUUUUAUUGUUGAGUGGAAAAUGCUUAAUGAAAACAAUGAAAUGAAAUGGCUUAAAAUUCCUUCAUCUGCUAAGAAGUACUAUAUCUAUGAUCAUUUUAUUCCCAUUGAGAAAUACCAGUUCAGUCUUUACCCAGUGUUUAUGGAAGGAGUGGGGAAACCAAAGAUAAUUAAUAGUUUUACCCAAGAUGAUAUUGAAAAACACCAGAAUGAUGCAGGUCUCUAUGUAAUUGUGCCAAUAAUUAUUUCCUCUUCAGUCUUAUUGCUUGGAACAUUACUAAUAUCACAUCAAAGAAUGAAAAAGCUGUUUUGGGAAGAUGUUCCAAAUCCCAAGAAUUGCUCCUGGGCACAAGGAAUUAAUUUUCAGAAGCCAGAAACAUUUGAGCAUCUUUUUAUCAAGCAUACAAAGUCAGUGACAUUUAGGCCUCUUCUUUUGGAGCCUGAAGUCAUUUCAGAAGAUAUCCACAUUGAUACUUCAUGGAAAUAUCAAGAAGAGAUGAUGUCAACAGCUAUAAUCCCUCAACUUUUGACAACUCCGGAUGUUGACAAUGGCUCUGUAUGUAUUAGUCACCCAGGCCACAAGGCUAACUUCUCUGAGGCCGAGGAAGGCGAGAUAAACAGUGAAGAAGAAAAUAGGAGAUCUCCCUCUGUUAAAUAUGCCACUCUCAUCAGCAGCUACAAGUUGGGGGACCCCGAUGAAGAGCAGGGACUUCUUACUAGCUCAGUCAGUACUUGCUUCUCUAGCCAAACUUCCCUGUCAGAGGACUCUUUCUCGAAUUGCUCCUGGGAGAUUGAAACCCAGGGCUUCUUUAUAGUGUCAGAUCAGCAGGCCAACCGGAUUUCACCUCACCUGACCUUCUCAGAAGGACUGGAUGAACUCUUGAAACUGGAGGGAAAUUUCCUGGAAGAAAACUAUGAUGAAAGAUCCAUUUAUUAUCUAGGGAUCACUUCCAUCAAAAGGAGAGAGAAUGGUGUGAUUUUAACCAAUGAGUCCCGGGUGCUGUAUCCGUUUCCUGCCCACUGUUUAUUAACUAACAUCAGACUCCUCCAGGACAGCUGCUCACACCUUGUUGAAAAUAACUUCCGGUUAGGAACUUCCGGCCAGAAAACUUAUGUACCUUACUUGCCUCAAUUUCAGACUUGUUCCACCCAGACUCAGAAGAUUGUGGAAAAUAAGAUGUGUGACCUCACAGUCUGA